ACUAAAAAAACUGGUUAUUCAGAUGUCAUAUCAUAGGGAUGUUGUUUUCAUUUAAUAUAUUGUAGUCUAUUUGAGAAAUGCAGCAUUAUUCUUCUCUUCACUUGGAGCAUGUCAACUGUAGGUGUGGAAGUAGGGUGUCUCAUAAAGUUCUGCUAUGUGUAUUAAAAUGUAGUCUUUGAAAAAUUCAGGGAUCAUAUCAUCCGAGGAAAAUCAUGGACCGAAAUAAAUGGAUGGCUCUGGUUUUGUUUGUGGCACACUUUGCUUCCUUGUCUUGCAUGGGGAAUAAUGGAGUAUGUAAAUGCGACAUAAAAACAAAAAAACUCAAUUGGCCUACUGAGAAUAAGUGUCAUUUCACCACUGUGACCAUGACUGGAGAUGAUUGCAGGGAUUAUGUCUGUUUUAUCAAGCAAAAAAAUGCAUUGCAGAAGGGAAAAUUCCUGAGCAUUGAAAACACCAAUCAAGAUCCACAUCUAAGAAUUGUAAAGUCCUUCUUCGAUGAACCGAGGACUCUGUGUGUCAAAGGCGGCCCCAACCCAAUCCGAAUUAUAUAUCUAUAUAAAGGCAGCUGCCCGGAAUGUGCUACCAGAGACUUGAACUGCACCCUUUUCCCUAAAGGGGACCCAUGCAAUGGUACUGUAGAUGAAAACAGUGAAUACUGUGAGAGGUUCAAAGGUAUGAGGGGCGAUGCUUUCUACUUCUUCAACAUACAAACCAAUGGAUCAAGCUGCUAUAUUUGUAAGAAUAGAGGGAUGAAACCUGGGCAAGAAAUAUCUGAAAAUCAGUUCACUGAGGAAGGACCUAACCCUGCUGAGGCAGCGAAAUUUAUGAAUAAUUUGGACUCGUACCUUACUAAGAUGAAUGAGUCUUCGGCUCUCGUGACCAUUGGUGCCACCAAGGGCGUCAUGGUGAAACAAGAUGAGCUUGAAAUCGACGAGAUCGGUGGGGUCUCUGUUGGCUAUGGCUGUGGGGAAAAUAACGAUAUGCUAAUUGCUGAUGAUGAAAAAGAUCUAUCUACCUGUGCAGGAUCUGUUUUGAUCUCAAAAGAAGCAUUUCAAGAUGCAUACAUACGGAACGCCACUGUUCCGUUUGCAGGUAUUUUCAGAUUCAACAAUAUGGAUAAGGAUGAGUUGAACAGCGGUGUCUUGCUCAACCAGGUCAUAGCAAUUGACAUGGGGACUGCCAUAACCAAUCUCAGCGACAGAAUUAAAUUAAAUUUCAGGAGUGGGACAGAGGAAGGGAUACCAUCUUGUCGUUCGUGGAAUGGUGAAGGUAGUCUGCCAAACUGGACAGAGAAUGGAUGUGACACAAUAGUGUCUGGAGACAAUGUUUCAUGCCAGUGCUCCCACCUGACAUUCUUUGCUGUGAUCAUGUCUCCACUCUACAACACAACCAUCUCGGCAGCUGACCUAAGGUCCCUCAACUACAUCACCUACAUCGGAUGUGGCUUGUCGAUUUUCUUCCUGGGCAUAGCUUUCUUCAUGCAUUUUGUGAUGAGGAGGACCAAGGCCAGCAAGAGCAAAGAGAUCCUGAUCCAGUUGAUGAUUGCCCUGUUCCUGCUCAACCUCUCCUUCCUGACCAACGCGUUGGUUGCAAACCUGCACAGCACUUGGAGCUGCCAGGCAAUGGCAGCCUUUAUGCACUACUCCAUGUUGGUUACCUUCACAUGGUUUGCUAUGAAUGCCUUUCACCUCUGGCUGAACUUCUACUAUGGCGGUAACAUUUCCAUCCAGCGUUACAUACUCAAAGUGUCUGUCACAGCCUGGGCAAUUCCAAUUGUAUUGGUGGUUACCCUUUUAAUUCUGGGAAAGUAUGGAGCGAUAGCCAUUGCUUCGGAAGGCCAUAAGACUACCAUGUGCUGGAUGACAGAUGAGGAGAUCCAGUACAUCAUCAACAUCACCUACUACGCCGUGGUCUUCCUCUUCACCUUCUCAACCCUCAUUGUCCUCCUGUCCUGGCUCCACCUGACCAAAACGUCUCGAGAAGAGAACGUCAGAAUGGGCGGAAGCAGCGCGGGCAUCUGCAGUGUCUUUGGACUGUGCUCCGCUCUGGGCGUCACGUGGGGCUUUGCGUUCUUUGCACACGGUGUCCUGCGGCUCCCCUCCUACUACAUCUUCACCACUCUCAAUUCCUUCCAAGGCUUUUUCCUUUUUCUUUACUACUACAAAACCAGUGAAAUGGUAUUUGAAGUAGAGAGCUCCGGCAGCAGCAGCCAGAACAUGACCGAUGUUACUGAAUGAUGCAGGCGCAUGCAAAUCUUCCCCUUCGUGCUCAUGAUGCCUUUCUUCCUUCUGUGUUGCAUGAGGCCUUACUCAAAUGACCUGGGUUCUGUUACCACCUGAUUGAAACACUGACAGUCGAUUGAAUGGUCAUCAGCCCAAUGAUAACACCCAUUGAAUCGAGUUAUAACGCAAAACGUCAUGUGACGUUACUCACAUAAUCAACUGCAACGUUGUAAGAGGAACCAAUUUUGAGUUUGAUAUGUUUAAAAUCGGAUUAGUCAAUGAGUUGUGCAAUUCUUCAUGUAUUGCAUUAUUUUUUAAUUAGCUACUGGUAAUUGUGCAGCAGUUAUGCAAAAAUAAUUAUGUUCUUGAUAAUAGGGGGUCGUAAAAUUGUAGGAUAAAUAGCAAUUGGUGGGCAAGGUUAUUGAUGGUCAAUAUAUUUUACCAUCUUCAUAGACGUAGUAGUUUGUUAAUGGCUUAUUAUUUGUUUGUCAAGUAAGAAUUUGUUUGAAUAAACUGUUGAUAAAGUGCAUUGUGUUUGUCAUUAUGUAUUAUAGGGCUAGAGCACAGCCACUAAUGCUCAGCCAUUUGCUAGCCAAGCCUUACUAUCUGUUGACCUAAAUGGUUUAUGACUUAAUUAUGAUGCACCAUAUAGGCUUGUUGUUGUUGUAAUGUUACUGUUUAAAAGUUGGAUGCUUAAGCAUUGUGGGUCUAAUGCUGUUGUUCCAUGUGAACAUUUUAAACUCUCAGCACUUGCCGAGCCAAAGGAUUCAGCUUGGUCAGGGCAUUAUGCAAUACGAUAUAUUAGUUUAUACAUCGUAUAAAUAUAAAUUAAUUGUAAUUGAGCCAAAAAUGUGCUGUAUGUUGUAUGAAAAAUGAAUUUUAUUGCAUUUACA